GCUCAAUCGGUUUCCCUAGUUAUCGUCCCCGGUCACCGGUCGCCGGGGUCGCCGGUCGCCAUGCUCUUCGGAGUUGGAAAAUUCAUGACCACUGUCUCGCUGCUGUUGGGGGCACAGGAGUUGCACCUGGACCGUGUCAACACAUCGGUUGGGGUGCACCAAGCACAGGCGUACCAGCAGAAGAAUAUGGACUUGAGCUUCAUCGUCAACCUGCGGGAGGAGAUUCGGGACUUCAUGACGAUCUUCGUUGGCAGAAUGAGCAACAACAUGAUUAUGGGCACGUUGUUUCUGGGCAUCGCUGCAUCCUUCAUUUGCGAGGGCACAAUUGAUGAGACCGCACCUGAUUUCUUGCAUCACUCCUUCUACCAUUGCAUCGUGAUUUCCUUCUUCUUUUUCGGCCUAGCGAUGGUCUUUGCGAUGAAGGCGGUCAGCGUGUCGUAUGCCGAGAGCCGGCAGUACCUGCUGCAUAUGGUGCCAGAUCAACUGAGUUUUGAUGACUUCGACUACGUGGAAAAGGUGAAUAGUUCAAUGAAGAAAUGGCGCCUCCCAGUUUUCGCCCGAUUCUUCCAGAAGGGAACAGACCUUCCCCUGGAUGAGCUCAGCACAAAGAAAACGCCGAGGCCACCUCCAGGAGAGAACAAGUUCAAGGCAACUGGAGAAUUCAACAAACUCUGGGAACCAAGCGCCGACGCUUCCAAUGAGUGCAUGGGCAAUGGCAUUUGCGCACUCUGCCAGGGCUUUGCGCUCUUUGCACUGGGCCACGAAUAUGACCGGAGUCAUUGGGGAGCGGUGAAUCUCUAUGUGACCCUCAGCGUAGCUGGUGUCCUUGUGGCAAACCGAAUGUUGACCAUCAAGUUCGAGAGCGAAAAGGAGCCGCCCAAGAGAAGCUUCCGCUUGUGCAUUCGACUCUUCACCGUGGCGGUUCCUCUGAUGUUUCUACUGGGCGAUCUCAGCAGCAGCGAAGAGGUGGUCUUUUGCUCCUAUCUGAUGAUGGCGCUCCUGCACAGCCUGCUGACCUGGAUGGUUCUGCCAGCAGCUGAGUCCAAAGAGACGCCACAGCAGAGCUACGAAGUGAAGGACUUGGAGGCGCAGGAGACUUUGGGGCCGAUGCUACAUGACUUGUUGGCGCAGAGCCGUGAGAAUGCACGCGAAUCCAUGAAGGACACCAAGCGAGUGCAUGCCACAGGACACAUUGUAGCUGCCUUCGCAUGGUUCAGCUUAUCCCUUUGGAUUGCCGCACGAGCAGUGGGAUCAUUUCACUUCAACCAGAGGAUUGACCCAAGUGCCGUGGAGCAGCUAUCUAUCAAUUGGCCCAAUGGCCUCGUCGCAUUUCACGCGCAAGCUCUCAGCUGUUCAGGAGAUGGAAAACAUCUUUGGAUUGCGAAUAGGCGGGGUAUCUACAAGGUCUCGGGCGGUGUCUCUGGAGGGAACCUGGAACCGAUUCAAUGUUCGCCUGUUUCAGGACAUCUACUUGAUAUGACCGCGGCCUGUGACGCCGAGACUGGCAGAUGUUCCAACCUCGCCUUGACUUCGAACAAUGACCUCAUCAACUGUGAGACGCAGGAGAGAUAUCCGUGGUACCAGCGGUUGGUGAACAUCACCUCAAUUUCCGCCGGCGGCAUGGAGGAUCUGUGGUAUUUUGAUGGAAUUGACAUCAUUCACAACAAGAGCAAGUUGGAGAUGCCUGUGGACGGGUAUCCGCUGAAGAAGUUCGAAGUCCUCGGAGCCAAGGGAUCUCUGUUCUUUGCAGAAGAUGGACGUCUGGAACUCCGUAGAUCUGAAGGCGAGGAACUGGGUCGACAGAAGGACUGGCAGCUGCCCAGCGUCGCCACUGAAACCCUCCGAGGGGCAUGUGUGCUAGACCAGGGCGAAUCGGUCGUAGUUGCUCUGCAGGAUGCGAAUUCGAAACGGCCGAGAGUUCUGAAGAUUUCCUUGAAAUGAGAAAACCAAAAACACCGGGCGCCGUGUGCCCCCCGCGCGGACAGAACCUACGGUGGGUAACUGUAGGUGGUGACAUAUAUGCGAC